GGUAAAGGCGAGAGUUGGUUCAGUCUGCGUCGAGAUCGCGUACAGUACGGACACACAUCGAUUCCAUUUCUCUUCACAUUUUUCCCCACCGUCUUCUAUCUUUAGAUUGACAAAUAGAAAACAUUUGGAAAAAAGACGAGUAGAAGAAAAUUAAAAAAGUUCUAUGUGUGUGUGUGUGUGAAUUGACCCCCUUUUUUCGUGCGUGGCAAGUUGUGAGUGUGACGAGUUGGUCGACAUUGUAAGUGAACGUGUUGAGAGACAUCAGCAGACAGAAAAAGUGUUUGGGAAAUAUUGGAAGAACCUGCUGACCUUAUUGUUACUUUCCAUUUUCGUACGGAUAUUUCUUUUUUUGAACCUCCGAGACUUGCAAAUCCUCGCGGCGACAAGAGAAGUUGACGCUGCAUCAUCAAAUGACAACUGUCCGUGAUCAAGCACAUCAGAUGUUUUGAUUGGAGGCAGCGCGUCGCGCCCUUUUGGAUUUUUUCCUUUUAUCUUUUCAUCCCGACUUGUUUUGCUGCUGCUUCUUCCACCCCUUGGAUUUCUGAUUGCCCCUGAAGAAGGCCGCGCCGUACCCAAAAGAAGAUGGACCGGAUACUCUUGUUGUCUGCCUUGAUCCUGUUUGCCGCCUCAGUCAAUCGCGCCGCACCGACACAGCAGCGACAUGAAGAAGUGGAAGUCUACGAAGGAGACACGGUCAAGUACGAUUGUCCGUCUGGACUAACUCAACUGGCUGGCCAUGGUGUCGAAUGGUACCACAACGACGUCCGAGUGGAUCCCCGCCAGCACUCACGCAUUCGAUAUGCCAAAAAGAAGAAUUCAAUCACCAUAACGUUCGUCGAGUCUAGCGAUGGAGGAGCCUGGUCUAUCCGCCCCAAAAGCGUCCGAUUGAUGGAUCCAGCUCCUAAAAUGACCCCUUGGUGUAACUUCACCGUCAUCGUCAAGAUGGACGAUGAUGAUGUCGAUGCCGCAGCCGCCGAAGAGUUGCAGAGCGACCAGGCCGAUGACGACUACCAUCCGCACUUGUUUAGCACGCCAUCGCUUCAUCCCGAAGAGGAAGAAAGUGAUUUCCCAAUGGCUGACGACGACGUCUCGGGUUCCACCACUUUGGCCGCUGACGGUAAGCCUCAGUCUCCGAGUUUCAUCCGCAUCAAGAAAAUGGAAGCCUUCAUGUCUCAAGUGAAGCCUGCCGGAUCCACCGUCACUUACAAGUGCCCAGCUGAUGGAUACCCCAAACCGGAGAUAGUGUGGACGAAGGACGGCGGUCCGAUCAAACGCCACCUGGGCUCGGCCAAGUUGCAAAAAUGGUCGCUGGAGCUGGAGGAGGCCACCACCUACGAUUCGGGAAACUACACUUGCACCGUGUCCAACUCGCACGGCUCCGUCUCGUUUACUUUCAAACUUCUCAUUCAAGAACGCUUCCAUCACAAGCCGGUGAUUAGCGACGAGCUGAAGAAUACAACGGCCAAGGAAGGCGAAAUAGUCACGCUGGUCUGCCGCGUCACGUCGGAAUUGCAUCCUCAUUUCAUCUGGAUUAAACACUACCAAGUGAAUGGCUCCUGGGAAGACGAGGAAAAGAAGCCUUAUUACCGGCGCAUCUACCCAACUCAGUUGGAUGAAGACGGCGAGGUAAAUAACGAUCAUCAAGUGCUGCGACUAGAGAACGUGACUAAAGAGGAUGCCGGAUGGUACACGUGCAUGGCCGGCAACAGUUUGGGCAUGUCAUACCGCAGCGCUUGGCUCACUGUCGUGGAUCCAGAAGAGGAAUCACCGUCCAUCGAUCAUUUAUUGGAAGGAGGUCUCCAUCAUCUACAAGAUCAGAAAGUAGUGAUUAUCUUGGCUUCCGUCCUCGGCUCAAUCGUGCUGGCCUUUGUCGUUCUCUUUGCCAUUGCUUUCCGCAAAAGAUACAGUCGUCAAAAACGUAACAAGUUCAUGGCCCUGGAAACAGCUCACUGCAUUGCGCCCUGUACCAAAAAAGUGAUUAUUGAGCAACGUUCGGCCGUCAAUGGCGUAGGUGGGGGAAUUCACGAGCCGCUGCUCUUUCCCGUCAUCAAAAUCGAGAAGCAUCGUUCAAGGCUGGGCACGGACAUUGGAUCCGUUUCUGAAUACGAACUACCUCUGGAUACGCGAUGGGAAUUUCCGCGCCAAGACCUGCAAUUGGGAAAAUCGCUGGGCGAAGGAGCUUUCGGCCAUGUGGUUCAGGCUCAGGCCAACGGAAUUAUUGAAAAGAACUCUGUCUCGACUGUCGCUGUCAAAAUGCUCAAAGAAGGCCACACGGACACGGAAUUGAUGGAUCUCGUCUCCGAAAUGGAGAUGAUGAAGAUGAUCGGUACACACGUCAAUAUUCUCAAUCUGCUCGGUUGCUGCACCCAGGAUGGUCCGCUAUACGUCAUCGUGGAAUUUGCUCCGUACGGCAAUUUGCGUGACUUUUUACGCCAACAUCGCCCCAGUUCUGGAUAUGAGCGCGCCAUUGGACAACUAGGAUUAGGGAAGCUUGGUAAUACGUCAUACGAACACCCGAUUGAGUUUAACAGCACUGGUCGAAUGGGUCAGGACACUCUGACGCACAAAGAUCUCAUCUCGUUCGCUUACCAAGUGGCCCGUGGAAUGGAUUACCUUGAAUCGAAAAAGUGUAUUCACCGCGACUUAGCCGCCAGGAACGUGUUGGUCAGCGAAGAUUGCGUCCUGAAGAUUGCCGAUUUUGGUUUGGCCCGCGACGUGCACAUGCACGAGUAUUAUCGCAAGACGACUGAUGGCCGCCUGCCUGUCAAGUGGAUGGCGCCAGAAGCUUUGUUUCAGCGCGUCUACACAAGCCAGUCGGACGUCUGGUCUUUCGGCAUUCUCCUCUGGGAGAUUAUGACCCUGGGCGGCACGCCUUAUCCGUCUGUACCCAAUAUCGAGCGACUCUUCCAGCUCUUGCGCGAUGGCCAUCGCAUGGAGAAGCCAGUAUCUUGCUCACUUGAAGUGUAUUUGCUGAUGCGUGAAUGCUGGCAAUACAAUCCCAUGGAGCGGCCCACUUUCAGCGAAUUGGUUGAAGAUUUAGAAAGAAUCUUGAAACUCACUUCAAAUGAGGAAUAUUUGGAGUUGGGUUUUGAAUCUCCCGAGACACCGCCCAGCAGUCGCGAAAAUUCAGACUGUCGAACGCAGUUUGUCGUCUCGACGGUCUGAUUACCCUUUCUUCCUUCCUUCUAAAAGAAAUCAGCCUUCCCUUUCCAACUUUCUUUUGCUUGGCCUAUUCCGCCACCGUCUUCUCCAGCCUUUUUCUGCCGAUUAGGGCGGUCUAUGGAUGAGACCCCCUGAACUCCGACGCCAAAUGAGAAGGAGGAAGCAAAGAAGAGGAAGAAGAGGACGCCAACAUCGAUAUAAAAAAAAUGCAGAGAAACGGCGUGACCACCUAUGACCUGCAGAAAUCGUUACCACCAUCAGGUUGAGCACUCACUCGACUGUCUGCGAUCAAAUCAAUUUCCGGCGUACUACGCCCCCUAACCUUCAAGGAGCACAGCUUCACUUAAAAGUGUGUCGCGUUCUACGGAUGUGCGCCUACCAACUUAGUAAAAAAUAACGUUCCAAGUUGGGCGUGCCAUGUGGAAACGUGCCUUGCAUGAUGAACAAAAGUUGCAAAUCGAAAAGGCUCGAGUGGUUUAGUCUCAGGAAAGGAAGAAAGAAGAUAGGGAAGGUUAAAAACGAAGAAAGGAAAAGUAAAAGAGUAAUUUUUGUGCUGUGACCAACUGCUUGCUGGAUUCAAAGUUUUGCCCGGAUUCGACGAGAACCAUCUAGCGUCCAAUCUAUUCUCUACUCAAUUUCCAAACAAAUUUGGAAGAAGAUGGAAAAUGAAAAAAAAAAAAAGAAGAAUUCUCUCGUGCCUUCUCAAUACGCAAUUAAUGUGUAUGUGGUGAUCCCGUUCUCAAAUCGCGCGCGGUGGACACGCAUUCAUUCAGUGCGUUGAUUUUAGUUGUUUGAUUUUGUUUUUUCCCCAUUUUUUUUUUUUGCAACUCCUAGUCACACGUUUGUUCAUUUAUGAGAGCCUGAUUGAUUCGAUUAAAGAAAUGGGAGGGAAAAAAACCGCAUUCGAGUCAGCAUUCGUUCGAUGUCUGAACUUGGGCUUUUUGUUGCAUCAACAUACAUUACAUAAACAUAGAAAUUUCGAUUGUCAAUUGAAUCAUCAUUUUAUAUUAUACAUAAAAACUCUGGCCUCGAAAAAGGUCCGUCGACCGUUUAUUCUUGUGUGCCUUCUGUUUGUUUAUUUUUCAAUGUCAUGUACAGUUUUCGUCUGUUUGUAUAUGUAGAAGACCCAGUCGUAUCCCCUGUUUCUGGUGAUUCCUCUCUCUCUUCAGCUGGCCACUUUGUCUCUUUCUUGCCCCUUGAAAACAAACGACAAAAAAGAAGAAGAAAGGGAAACGUGUGAAUAACAUUUAUCAAAAAAAGAUACUUUAAUAAUUCGAUUAUCCAACAUUAUCCAAUCAAGUCGCACGUUUGCCUGUUAGCCUAAAGCUGGAAUACCCAAUAUUCAAUUUAAAAAUAACUAAGAAAUAACAAAACUCAUUUUUCUCCUUAUUUUUCUCCGCUGUAUCGUUUUCCAUUUGUGUGUCGAUUCCAUCGCCAUAUGCCCAACAUCUAUUUCGUCAAUUAACUUAUUAUGCCCCACACAUAAUCCCAUUUCCCCCGUUUUUUCUUUGGUUUAUCUGUGUUUGCGUUUGUUUCUUCUUCUCGGUUGAUCCACAUGUUUUUCUUCCGACACAUAUGUGCGGACAAUCGUCCAAUUCGCCAACAUUACAAAGAAAUACAAUUACAAAUUUACUUCUCUGCAGAGAAUCAGAAAAGAAAAGCUUGUUUUUUUCAUGUCCUGGUCUUGGGUAAGAAUACAUAAGAUGUCCCAUUUGGUGGGACGGUGUAACAGUA